AUGCUGCUCCAAACGCCGGCUGGCUGCGCGAGAGAGCAGCGCGGGGUGGUGGUAGCAGCAGCAAUGGUAGCAGCAGCAGCAGCAGCAGCAGCAAUAUCAGAAGCAGCAGCAGCAGCAGUGGCACAGAUAGUAGCAGCAGCAAUUAAAGAAGCAGCAGCAGCAGUAACAACGCCAGCUACCGCAGCAGCAGUAACAGCAGCAGCAACGUCAAGCGCAGCAAUAACGCUACUAGCAGCACCAGCAGCAGCAGCAGCAAUAACAAUAAAGGUAGGAGCAGCAGCAGCAGCUGCUGCUGCUUACUGCGAAGAACAGUGCAACUACAGUGCACCAAGAUUAACAGCAACACCAAUAGUUGUAAGGCCAGCAGCAGCAGCAACAAUAGCCGUAGCAGCAGCAGCAGCAGCAGCAGCAGCAGCAGCAGCUAUAAUAGCAACAACAGCAAAAGAAGUAGCAGCAGCAGCAGCAGCAACAGUAACAGCAGCAGCAGCAAAAGCGGUUGGAGAGAGAGCCAGAUUGAAGCUGAGUGAAGGCACACUCUGCUGCUGCUGCUGUCGUUUUGCCCCAGCAGCUGUUUUUGCUGCUGCAGCUGUUGCCGUUGCUGCUGACAUUGCAACUGUUACUGCUGCUGCUGCAGCUGUUACUGCUGCUGCUGUUGCUGCUGCUUCUGAUAUUGCAGCUGCUACUGCUGCUGCUGCAGCUCUUGCUGUUGCUGCUGAUAUUGCCGCUGCUGCUGCUGCAGCUGCUAGGUUCCACCUUGUACAGAGAAGGCCUGGCUCCCUAAAUAUAUAUUAG